GGAAGACAGGGGUCCCCUAAAGCCCCUCCGGGACUGAGGACAGCACUUCAUGGUGGACACUCGGAUGCGCCCUGCUGGAUUACUUCACACCGACCAGACGAGAGGAAUAUGGAUCUGUUUAGGAUUAAGUGAGUGGAGGGGCGAGCAUUGUGAGUCCGAAGGUCUCCAGCGAUCAUCUCAACUCGGCUGACAAGUGAAGAGUGUCCAGUCCGGACGGGGGCCGCCCACCUUCGCCAUCUCGUACAGCGUUUCUCAAAAUAAAGUCGGCUGCCAAAAAAAACAGGCCAAGCCGAGAAUCCCAGAAGAAAGAGGAGAUGCCCGAUCAACCGCUGCUCUGCAUGGUGCUGUUGAGUCUUCUGUUCGUGCAGCCAUCUGCGGAGAAAGACCCGGAAACAGAUCUGCCCCAUCUUGUGAAGAAAGCCCUGGAUGAAUUCCUGGCAAGGAAAUACCUUCAAGCUAUCAUUGAUGGUUUUGUGUUUGCCAGUAAGAAGGAGUCUUGGAAUCCGCUGGAAGCUCUCCGGUAUCUGAUGGUCAGGAACCGCACCCUGAACGUUGAGCGCAUCACGGUUGAGAAGCGCCGCCCUAAGUGUUUUGUAAACGCCCACCACCCCCGGAGUUCAGUCAGGUCGAUCCUCAGGAACUACCAGAUGGACCUGAUUUCCGAACCGAAGCAGCUGCUGUCCGAGCUGAUGACACUGGACAACCAACAGUUCUUGACCGCCAUGAGGCUGCUGCUUUGUGGGCGGAAGGAGCAGACUGCACUUAUUGACAUCGACUUCGAUUUGAUUAAAGAGGCCCUGAUGCAGAGCCCCAGUGGGAACCGGUCCCUGUUCAUCACCGUGAGGGAACGGUGUCUGCCAGCACUCAACACCGCCGACUGCGUGGAGCUGAUGGGGGCCGUCAUGAGGCUUUCCUCCGGCGAGUUCGUCCAGAAGGACCUGCUUGGAGAAUUCCCCCGGGACAUGCCUGAGGACACCUUCCGGAAUAUAACAGCCAUUUUUAAGGACCUCUACGACAAGCUGUCUGUCAGUACCCAGAGAGCCGUCUAUGACUGGAUCACCGCAGGGCUACAGAAGUCCUCCAAGUUGACCGAAGUUUCCAGUUCCUGGGUCACCGCUGAAAACCUGUGGUUCCUGGGGAGGUACGUCGUCCACCUGCCUGUCAAGGAAAUCCAUAAAAUCAGUCUGGGCGAGAUAAGGAUGUUCAUCAACUAUGACAAUGCCACCAAGCAGCUGGACUCCAUGUAUGAUAUCAAACAUGGGACUGCCAGAGCCUUCCUCAAACGGAUCAAUGGCUCUGGGUUUGACAUGAGUAACACUUCUAUUGUAUACAGGCUUGGACUGCUGGUAUGUUUCUAUGACAACGUGCAACAGCUGCGACCUGCUGAUGCCCGGAACCUUCUGCAUCAACUGAUAAAGUGCAACCAGCUCCGAGGUAGCCAGUCAGAUGUGCAGAAGCUCAAAUCCCAGCUCCUGGAGAUUGUAAUGAAGAACCAAACGCUGAAUGAGUCGUUGGGUUCGGUGUCAGACGCUGUUGUAGGUUUGGCCCCCGGCCAGCUGGAGGCACUGUCCCCGCAGGCUGUUCAAGCGUCUAUUGGGGUUCUGCAGCAGGUUUCCGGCUGGACUCGGAGUCAGAUUCUCAUCCUCGCUCACAAGUUCAUUGGUGAGCACAAGCUGCUGUCGUUCACCAACAUCAGCCAGUUAGGACCCUUGAUUUCGGGGAUUGACGCCAAUCUUUUCUACAGCAUCAGUGCUGAAGAUUUGGGUCGGGCCCUGGAAGGCACCCUGUCCCAGUAUGCAUCCGAAUUGAACCCCGCACAGCAGCUGGCUGUUGUUAGUCAGGUGCUCACUAGUGCAAACACAACGUCCGCCAUGAGACAGAUUCCUAGUGUGCUGUUCACCGAGGUCUCGCUGUCUGCCUUGCUGCAGGUACAAGAUGUUGAACCAUCUGCCUUGGAAGAAAAACAACUCCGACGAAGCCAGGCCGUCUUCCUCUACGACGCUCUCUCCAAGAGUGUCCCUCCGGUGGACCUCCUGAGUACAGGGCAGCUGGUGAAAGGAAUUUCUUGUGAGCAGAUCCAGACCAUGGACAGCAAAACCUUUCUGUACAACUUUUCGCUGUUCGAGAGGAACUUUCACCUCCUGUCAGCCUUUCAGAUGAACUGCCUGGCCUGGAAGUACUGGAGGGAGUUAAACGUGACAAACGCCUUCAUCCCACCGCUCCUCCUGCCUCUCUUGCCCACCGAGUAUGUAGACAAUGUGCCCACGUCACUGUGCCAGUCUUUCUUGGUCAGCCUGGGCCGGACAGACCUGGACCUCAUUAUCAUCCAGGAGGCGAAGCGAGAAGCUGUGGUCAAGAAAGUUCUGCAGUGUCUCAACGGCCGGAUCCAAGACGAGUAUGACGUGGACGCACUUGGUCGCCUCCUUUGCUCGCUGCCACCAUCUACACUGCGCCGAGGCAUUUCUCAGCAGGCCGUGCCCGCCGCCCUUGCCCAGCUCAAGACUUGCUGCUGUCUCAGUCCGGAACAGAAAGCUGCUGUGAAAAGCAUUCUGGAGGAGCUCCACGGGAGCCCCUCAGGUUGGACUGCAGAACUCAUUCCAGACCUCGGUCCACUCAUCACCAUCCUGCACAAGGAUGAGCUGAUUGCCAUAGCGAGCAAGUUCCCUGAUGACAUCCUGCCGCUGGCCCUUAAACUGUCUAGUGGCUCCGUGCCUGAGGAGUUCCUGUCUGCUCUCUUUGAAGUUGUGAGAGGCUCCAGUGUGCCAGACGUGACAGCGCCCGAGGAAAAGACAGGGUGCCAUGCUGUAACAGCGCCCUCUGUUGAUGACAUCCGGAAGCUCUCAGAUGCAAACCUUUACUGGUCCGAGGCAGAACUGGGCUGCAUUUCCAGCGACACUUUUAGUCGAACAGUGGAGGUGCUGGGGUCUGUCAGGAGGUACAAUAAGUCGCAGCUGUACAGUCUAAAGGAGAAGGCCAAGCAGGCUUGGGGUCCAGUGUCCGAGUGGAGGAAUUAUCAUGUCCUCUCGCUUGGAGCCAUCGCCUUAGCACUGACCGAGAGUGAAAUAAAGUCCCUGAACCUGAGCUCCAUUGACAGCAUGACAGUUCUGAGCCAGCAGGAGGGGUGGACACAGAAUCAGAUGGCUGUCCUGCUACAUGAGUUCCUGCAUGACUCUGGACUUUCGUUCAGCUCUCUCAAGGGGUCGGACUUAGCAGGACUUGGAGUCAUCCUUUGUGGAGUAGACCCCAAGCAAGUGCAUUUCAUAAACCCAGCUGCAUACAGCAUAGCCGCUGCCCGGAUUGGGACCCUUGCCUGCCCCUGGGACGUUCUGCACGAGUUUAAGAAGAUAUCUGAGAGUGUUUUUGGAAGGGUCGAAACCUGGUCUGGCUCCAUCCUUCAAGAAGUGGGCACAGCCGCAGCUGGUAUGACCAAAGAAGAGCUGAGUGCCGUGCUGAAGGAGCUGAUGCCAUAUUUCCAGCCACUGGCGAUUGCCAUCAUACCACCUGAAAACUUCAGAGAGUUCUCCACCGAGCAGCUCUUGGCUUUGGGUCCUGAGAAUGCGGCUGCAGUGACAGCCGAACAGAGAGAGCAUCUCAGCCAGCAACAACUGCUGAGCCUGCAGGGGGCGCUGAAUGGCUUGCGGGACAAUGAUGCCAGUCUUUUAGACACCGUCAGCACGGGUUUCGUCCUCCAUUGUAGCACUGUCACCUGGCUGUGGCUUUAUUGGCUCCUGGGGUCCAUGCUUGUAGAGUGAUAUCUACACUGAGAAUGAGAGAUGGACUCUCGUACACCUACUGAAUAUGCUACCAAACAAAAAAAAAACAAGUAAUGUGGGGGAACAAUGCCAUCUGACUUGACCCUCCUCACCCACCACUAGUGCUUACCGAGGGCCCUAGGCAUUUAGGUCUAGUGUAGACGCACUAAUGAGCUCGGAAUGCCACCUUGUGGUGGAGCCAGAUGGGCAGCAAAGGGACAGCCUGAGAAGAGAAAGGGUGCCAGUUGGGAUCGUUGGCAAGGAGUGCAAGAAUGUGGAAGUUUGUCUUUUAUGUGUCGCCGCCUUCCUUGGCCAUGGGAUGUCCAAGCCUCUGUGUCUGAUGCCUUCUGUCCCCAAAGGGAGCGGUGACCAGGUGCCUCUUAGGAUCAUGCCAGCUUCAAGUAGAUGAAUGUGCUACUUUACUGGGAUCAUCUGAACAUUUGUUUCCUAAUAAAUGAGGUAGACUCUG